AUGGCUCUUCACUUUAUAGCGCUUAUAUUCAGCGUCUGCUCAUUCAUUUUACUGCUCAUCGCCAAUCUCGGAACAACAUUUGAUAGCACAUUUCUACCAGAUAUUUAUUUGGUCAAAGUAAAUCAAGCAGUCAAUGGAAGAUCCAUAAGGUAUGGCGUGUAUAGCUCCUGCUUAUACUAUCAAGAGGACAACAAAACACCUCACUCUUGCACCAAGAAACUACCUGGCUAUUCAUUUGACUCAACGCAGUUUGCAGAAGUAUGUGGCGCUGAUAUCACCAAUGCCACCAUGGUCACUGUCUACUCAGAUGUAAUCAAAGAAGCUCAGUUAACCACCUUUAAAGGCAUCGUGCUCAUCAUGCCAGCAGUGAUCCUUGCAUUUUUCAGUGUCGUUUGUGCAUUAUUGAUUCGAAGAUUGCGCAAGAAUAAUAUCAUACCGUUUAUUGGCACAUUCAGCUCAUUGUUUGCUUUUUUCACGGGUGCAGCUGGCCUGGCUCUCGUUAUUGUUACAUUUUGGAAAGGGUUAGCUACACUGGAGAGGAGAGUUGAGGGGCUAUCUCAUCAAUGGGGGCCUGCUAUCUACCUGGUCGGUAUUGGCAGUGGAUGUAUCCUAAUCACCUUGGUGUGCUUCGUGAUUAGCUUGUUUACCUAUAAAUCAGAGAGCUACAAAAGAGAGACAUUCCACUUGUAUGACUAUGAUUUGAAUGCAAGCACAAAUCAGAAGCCUAUGGCUACGUCUUCACCAUACGAUGCACAAACAACGUAUCUCAACUCGCCCACAAAACAAGAUGACUAUGAAUACACGCAUGCCAUCUCAUCGCCUACUACACAACACUAUCCAUCCUAUCAUCAAGCGCAGCAUCAAACUUACCAACCUCAAACAACUUAUCAGCAAGGAAAUCACUACUAUUAA